AGGCGAAGGAGCGAGUGGAGCUGAGACGAGACACUUCGAUCUUGCUUCCAUCCUACAUUUUAGCGCCCCUCUCUCUCUCUCUCUCUCUCUCUCUCUCUCUCUCUCCGCUCUCAGUAGAUAUUUUCCAUACCCCGAUCCCCACCUCGGCGGUGCGCCGUCGCCGUCGCCGUCGCCGUCGCCGUCGCGCAGCCGAUGGCCUUGGUAAGCGCCGCCGCCGCCUCCGCCGGAGCCCGCCGCGUCCCCGCGCGCGCGGACUCCUCCUCCUCCGCCGGAGACGGCGCGGGCGCGGGCGCGGGGGCGGCGCCGCCGGUGCGGAGGACGCGCGUGGUGCUCCCGCGGGGGAAGGCGCUCAAGUGGUCGACGGGGGUGGCCCCGGGCGAGUACGGGGGCCCCCCCACCACCACGAAGCUCCGCAAGUACUGGGGCGGCCGCGGCGACGAGGACCCCGUCACCGCCACCGACGACUUCAUCUGGAACAAGGAGUUCCUCUCCCGCAUGCGCCGCCUCCUCCGCGACGACCCUCCCAACCCUAACCCUCCUCACCUCGCGAAGGAGGAGGACUCGGGGUUUCUUAGCCUCAAUCGAGCCAUGAGCCUCAACAGCGUGGAGAUUGAUUUGAGUAAAGAACUGAGACCGCCGUCCAAGCCGGUGUUGGAACAGCAGGUGGAGGCUGCACGGCUUGGGCUUUCUGCUGCAGAAAGUAGUGCCGCUAAACCAAGAUGGAGAUUGGUCCCUACAAGAAGGGAACAGGCGAAAUGGGACAGGGCAAAUAAGGCAGCCACUGGUGGUAGCGAUGUCCUACUAAGGGAAUCGAGGAGGGAGCGGGGGGACCCCAAAGUGUUGGAAGCUCAGUCAAGAGAGCAAUAUUUUAAGCUGAAGCAGAAGCUACAAAUCCUCACCCUGGGUAUUGGUGGUGUUGGUGUUGUCUCAGCGUAUGUUUCCUACUCCCCCGAAAUCGCUGUUAGCUUUGGUGCUGGUUUGGUUGGUUCCCUAGUGUAUAUGCGUAUGCUGGGCAAUAGCAUUGAUUCCAUGGCAGAUGGAGCUAAAGGACUAGUCAAGGGUGCUAUUGGACAACCAAGACUGCUAGUUCCGGUUGCUCUGGUCAUGAUGUAUAAUAGGUGGAAUGAACUGUUUAGGUGGGGGAUGAAGUGGGGAUACAAGCAGAUAUACCCACCACCCCACCAAACACAACAGAGGAUUCUAGUUCCAGAUUACGGCUUCAUGCACCUGGAGCUGAUACCAAUGCUUGUCGGCUUCUUCACUUACAAGAUCGCCACCUUCGUCCAAGCUAUUCAGGAUGCCCUAUUUGUAGUCGAGAAUCCACGAGUAUGAACACCACCCUUUAUCAAAGCAACAAUCUUGCAUUAUGAACAGCCUUUUUAUGUAUAUAAAAGGUUUAUAAUUUUGGAUCACUUUGGAGAGAGAACUCAUGAGGUAGAAUCGAUAAAUCUCGAAAAGUCCGGGUGAUCUCCGCUUUUCGAAUUCUUGAUUUCCAGUUAAGUGAGAAUAUUUUAUACGAGAUAAGUUGAUUAUGGAUGCUAUAUAACAAUUGACAUAGAGAAAUUCUAUUGAAUUAGAAUACCAGUACUAAUGGCAAUUUCUGAGUUUUCAUUAGGGUAAAUAUACUGAGACCCCCUGAACUUUAGCUCUUUUGCAAAUAGGCUCCUGAACUUUGAAUUUUGACAAUUACAUUUAUUAAACUC